AUGGAGGAGUGUGCAAACGUAAUUUGUAAGGAAUUUGUGACGGUGCUGACGGAGUGUUGUGCGACACCACCAAAGGAGACUGACACACUUCAAUACUGCUUACAACUCCACGUGAUAGCCAACAACAACAACUUGAAUUACUUUGAAAUGAUGAAGUAUUUUUUCGACGCUGUGGAACAACAACAAGAGGGGAUGACCUGCAAAAUGUUAACUGAGCUCUUACGAGGACUUCACUUUGGGUUUGAUCUCAUAGGAAUGGUCCUCACACCAGCAGAGCUUGGGAAACGCCCUUUUUGUGUAUCAAUUUUGUAUCAAACAUAUCCCAAAGUGAUUGAUUAUAUGGACGCCGAGAAUAUUUGCGAUACAGUCAUUCACGCAUUUCAAACUAAUAAAGAUUUGGCGAUCAGUUUGAUCAAGAAAUUUGUCAUUCCUAAAUCGGAAACACUCAAAGUCAUGAAGAGUAUCGACUGCACCGGUAUUAUUCGGUAUAUGCCGUACGUCCAUUGCUUCCCAGACAUCUUUUUUGUCAUGAAAGAAAAUUUCAAAAACUACUUUGCCGAUUUGUACUGCGCGUUUUGCACAUACGGAGAACUUUGUAAAGCCCAAAAUGGCGUCUUCGACGCUAGACAUUUCAGUAACAUGACAAUCAAAAACGACGUCGUAUUUCGAAACGCACUGUACGCCACCAUUCCAGAAAUACAUUCUUCGGCGGAAAUCGAAAUUAAAAGGUACUUGAAGAAAAUUUCGUUUGGCGCGGAACUCAAACCGGAACAGAUCAAAGAUCUCAAAGCGAUCGUACAUUGCGACCCUAAACGUGUGUUGAACUACUUGAUUGAGACAAUUCUCGCGUAUCCAAAUUUUGUUUCGACUGUAGUGAGAUUGGUCUCCGAGUUGGACGAGUGGGAAGUCGAUUUAAUGAAUUACCAAAUCUGUUGUGAAUUGAGCCGCACAAUUUGUGAAAUGCACGACACGAUUAUUCAGUUGAAAAAUUUGGAAGGGUUGGACGGUGAGUUGGUUGAAAUGGCGUUGAAACAAGCGAACACUGCGUUAUUGAAAGAGCGGAGUGAUAUUGCUACAAUUUGUCAGUACUUUGGAAGUGUUUGUGGGUAUAAAGAAAAGACGUUUGAGAGAGUGUAUUGGUGCAUUGACAAUAUCAAUUUUGGGGAGUGGGAAAUUAUUAUAAUCGAGAAUCUUUUGGACAACGUUCCUGAAGCUCUUUUAGUCAAGAAAGUUAUCGAAGAAAAGCGGUUGUGUCACUUUGUGAAAAUAAUGGAAUUUGUUAUGAACAUGGGUAAUUGGACGGAGUGGUAUGACCGGUGUAGUCUGCUAGAGAGAAGACUGAUAAGUUUGGCGAAGAACAUUACUACAGAGACUAAAAGCGCAUUGAUUCAGGAAGUUAAGGAAAUGGGGAAAUCGAUUCGAAAGGAGGUUGUGUGGAGUUUGUUGAGAACAGCGGUACAGACGUCUAUGAUCACUUCGUUUUCAUGGAAACCGUUGAUGGGCGUCAUUCAAAAUGAGGAUGAAAAUGAGUGUAUAGUCCGAGCUAAAAUAUGGGAGUUGUUCUGGGAAUUACAAUCUCAAGAUUUUGGAAUGAGUGAGACAGAAAUCAAAGAACUUGCAGAAUUGCAACGAAAAUGUGAUGAUGAGAUUGAGAAGAGUGGAAUGGAUGUUGUGAAUGACGAGUUGGUUCAAAAAAUUGAGUUGUAUAAAAGACGCGAAAGGAAUGAGAUUAUUUUGCAGAACGUUUUUGAGAAGUUGAAAGAUAUGAUGAGGGGAAAUAGUGAAGGUCAAAAAAUGUUAGACCGAGUCCUUUGGUUUUAUAACACGUGUGUGAUAAAGAGAGUACUCCAAUCUGCUGAAGAUAUCAAAGUUGUGUGUGGGUUCAUCCGAGUGCUUUUCAUGUUUGAAAUACCGUUUGUCAACGUUUUGGUUCUGUUAGACAAGAUUUUUGAGUGUGGAUUUUCGUUGGUCUUUUUUGUGUCAGAUGAGGAGGCGAAAAAUCUUGGGAAUUUUGUGGGGGAACUUGUUGGUUUUGUUUGGGGCUUGUUGGCCAAUUUUGAAGAAAGGUGCAGUCGCAAUUCUCAUCUCUUUGCUGGGAGGCAGUUGUCAAAGUUCGAGAUUGACGAGUUGGCGAAACGGUGGGGAAACUCACUUGAUUUUAAAAUCCGAGCAGCACUAUUUUCUGAGCAAAAGAGUGUUGUGGUCAAAGCUCUUUUCUUUUUGGUUGGGUGUAAGUGCCAAUUUAUUUUCAACGACACAGUUAUCUCGAAAUUGGAGAGUAUGAUAUCUGAACGAGAUUUACAAAUACGGCGGUUGGUUAAUCAGGUAUUAGAUGAUCUUGAAACGAAUAACAAAAGUGUAAAACAAAUUCAAUGCUGA